AUUACUGUUUGCGUCCUUUGCGGGACGGAUUCAUGCCGAUCCUGGAGUAUGUCAAGGCAUACUCGUUGAAACAUUGGGAAAUGGUGGAGCUCAACCGGAUACAUAUGUAUACUCUGGGUAUGACACUGUUUACAGCGUAUUAUGUUGACAUGGCUAAUAACAAUAAUCAGGGACAUUUAUACCCUGGUUACAACUGGUCAACCUAAUGGCGGCAACGUAGCAGCUGCCACCGCUGUAGGCAGUGUGAUCUCUGGCUCCUUCAAUAUAAGCCAAAGCACGCUAAGAGAUCCCACAUCAACAGCUCCUACAUUGCCGAAUAUCCUUCCAUUGCCCAUUUCGACAUCGCCAGGAGAGCCCGUUCCCACCUUGCCACCGAACAUCAUUCCGACGUCACCUGGUGAGCCAAUUCCGACUCCUCCACCACCAGGUGCUACACCAUCAGCAUCACCUCUACCUCUCCAAAACCCUCCAAUACCAAGUUCUGCAGCUCCUUUGCUACAAUUUUCUUCCACAGCGCCAGUAGCAAUUCCGACUUCAUCAGCUCCUCCAGCACCACCCUCCUGCUACAACGUAGUGACACUGUUUACCGAAGCUGAUUCAGCUGGAGCCGCGUACGAAGUCUGUGGUCAGGUAGAAGUCUGCUACACCUUGCCUACGAACCAGCAAUACAACACCGUUUCCGUGACCUUGGGUUACGCAUUGAGCUGCGAGCUCUAUGCCGAUUCGGGAUGUACCGGGCAGAAUUAUGCGUUGAAUGAAGGAACCAGUGCAGCCUCAGACCUUUCGACUGUCGAAUUCGCGAAUACGUUGGUGUCCCUGGUAUGCUUUGGUUUUCCUUUGGAUGCUCCCUGAUCAUCGUUGGAAGUGGGAGUUGUGAGCGCAUUUGUACUUCUAGGUUUUUGCAAUAUUGUCAAACGAAAUGAAAUUCAGCAUCAAGAAUGACCUAUCAUCAUCCCUAGAAAUCUUUUUGCUUCAUGAGCUCUCCGCCAGUGAGCAUUCCACGUCAUUUGUG